GGUGAUGUUCAUGACGGUGGCAGCAACUGGAGCUUCGUCUUUUGCUAUAUAUUCCCUUAAAAAAUCCGAUGUGAUCAUUGAUCGAAAAAGACAUCCAGAACCUUGGGAAGAUGUGGAUCCUAGUGUACCUAGAAAGCUUAUAACGAUCAACCAACAAUGGAAGCCCAUUGAAGAGUUACAGAAGGUCCGAAGGGCAACCAAAUGACCAGUCCUGGCUUCUUUCUUCCAAAGAGUGCUCUUUGAAUCUAGCGGAAACACUUCUGCACAAACUAGAUUAUGGACACCAGUGUGCGGAAAUGCUUCUGCUAUGUUCCUAGGGCUUGCCUACAUUUUUGGACUCUGAAUAAGGAAUUAUAAAGGUAGUGCAGCAAUAACCACAGUCCAAAAAUAAGUUUCUUGUUGUAAAUUUGAAUUUUGCAUAUUGAUGUUUUUAUGUUUAUGAUGCCUGAAUGUUUUAAAGUAUAUAAAGAUUUACAAAUCUUAAAUUAGAUUAUCUAUAAUAAAAUA